UCCACCUUUCAUUUACACCAUUUUCUUUCCCAUUUUCACCUCCAAACUCCAUCACUUCAGGCUUCAAUUCUGCAUUUCCCAAACCCCAUUUUUUCCCAUUCAAUCCCUUGGAGGGAACAGUUUUUUGAUCCAAACACAAUGGGGAGAAUUGGGUGGAAUUCAGAGAUUUCACAAGGUGAAAAGUCAGAGUUGGUCCUUGAAAUUUGUUAAAUGUCAACCACUACAAUCGCAUGUCCACAUAAAAACCACUACAACAACACUCAUUUCAUCGACUGGUAUCGCCUUUUGGGUGUGGCUGAAAAUGCAGGUUUCCAGCUUAUCAAAAGGCGUUACCAUAAUCUUGCUUUGCAACUUCAUCCUGAUAAGAAUAAGCAUCCAGAAGCUGAGAUUGCCUUCAAGCUGGUUUCAGAGGCAUAUGCAUGUCUUUCAGAUAAUAGCAAGAGAAGAGCUUUUAACAUAGAGAGAUGGAAACAGUUUUGCUACGAAUGCAAUAGAAUCCCAUUUUCAAAUGACAAAUCUCUUUUCAUUUCCCGACGUUCAUCAAAUGAUCACAGCAACUGUUCAAAAUCUGGUAAAUUUCUGCGAAAUUUAAGAGAGAUUAGGGAUAGAUUCAAAGAAGAAAUUAGGGUUAUAGAGAAUUGUCUGCGGGUAAAUAGAAGGGAAUUUGCAGCAUCAACAAACAGCGGCAAGGUUAAGAUUGAAAGAGAAAACCGGGUUUUUUUAGCCAUCAGAUUAUGUGUUUAAAGGUUACCCACAUUUGAGGGAUCAAAUCAACAAGAAAAGCGAGAGAUUUUGGGAAUUGAAGAGACCGAGUGUAGAUGAAAGAGGCAGAUAUUAUUCACCCAUUUUUCAGAAUUCUUUGGAAACUGGAGGAAUGUACAGGGAAAUGCUGAAGAGCAUAUCUGU